GGCGGGGCAGGCCCCCCCGUUGCUGCGGUGACGGGCCGGAAGCGGCCGCUGCUCCGCGCGCCAUUUUCAAAGGUUUUCAAACGCUGGGACAUCGCGGCCGCUCCGCAGCGGCCCCGGUUGCCGGCGCCUUCUUUUAGUGUUACUGCAGAAAAUUCUCUUCCUGUACAAGCUGUGACACGGUUUUGUUUGUGAUAUUUCUUCUGCAAAAGUUUCUCGGUUAGAUUAGUAAAAAAAUCUUUGUUCUUUCUAAAACACAAGCUCUUAAGCAAAUCUGAUGAACUAUUUUAAGGUAAUUUAGUAAUUUUAACUGAUACAAGUCUUCUUAAGGAGAAGAUGGGAUCAGGAGUUACCAGUUUUCUUCUGUAGUAGUAUAUGAUGUAUUCCUAAGACUCAGUCUAGACACAGUAACACAAUCACACUUUUGCUGAUUUCAACAAAGAAUCUUCAGCUUUAAUACAGAAAUACCAAGGACUUGUUUCUUUAAUCUUUGAAGACCAUUUACUACACAUCAGGACAUUGACUUCCACUUAUUUGGAAAGAAAGUGCGCCGCCGCCUUCUUCAGCCAUCCCAGCACAGCAUGUAAGGGAUUGUUGGCCAUACCAUUGCUUAGUUAAUAUCCCAACAACCUGAACCUCUUCAAGCAAAUAUUUUUGGUAGUACCCAGAACAGAUGCCUUGCUUAUAGGACUGGUGAUUCUCAUCUACAGAGCAGAACCCAGCAACCACAGGUGUUCUGUUUUUCCUUGACUGUGACAAAAGCAGCGUUGGAAGUGUGUUUACAAUGAAUACAAGUGCAGAGCGAAGGUUCCUUAAUCUCAGGAAACGUCUGGAUCAGCUGGGCUAUCGGCAGUCACUGGGAGUGGAGAGUUUACCUUUGGUGGAAAAGCUUUUCAGUGAUUUAGUUCAUACAACAGAGAGCUUGCGCAGAGCAAAGUUAUCUUCUGGAAAAACUGAGAAAGAAUGCAGCAAUUAUGAUACUAUUUUGGAACCUUAUAAAACAGAGAAUGCUAGACUUACCAGGGAAAAUAAUGAUCUACAUUUAGAAAUAUUAAAACUGAAAGAGCAGUCUGAUCAUCAUAUUAAAGAUUUGAAAGCUUCCUUAAGGAGGGUUGAACAUGAAACAUCUGACUUGAAAUUUUUGAAUAACCAGUAUGUACAUAAAAUUAAAAUGCUUGAAAAAGAGACCAAAGCCAAGAAUGAAAAAAUUCAUCAGCUUCAGGAGAAGAAUCUGCAAGCAGUGGUGCAAACACCUGGUGGCAGGAGGAAAAGCAUUCCCUUCAGGCGUCAGCGCAUGCAGAUAGACCACCUUGUGCCCCCAUCAGGUGUCAGUGCCUACCCAGUGCCUCAGCCAGAGGACCCUUACAUCGCAGACCUUCUCCAGGUGGCUGAUAAUCGAAUUCAAGAACUGCAGUCAGAAGUAACAGAGCUACAGGAAAAACUGGAGGCAUCUGAAAGUGGAAUAAAAAAUUACAGCAAACAGGUUGAGAUGAGAGACAAAGAAAUCGAGCGCUUAAUGCGGGCAUUGGAUGGUGGGCGUUCUCAUGAGGUUCUCUCUCUGGAAUCAAGAACUAAAAGUAAUGAGAAGCUUAUUUCCCACUUGAAUUUACAGGUUGAAUAUCUUCAGCAAAAAAACAAAGAACUUGAAAAUCGCAUUCAAGAUCUCUUGGACACUAAACAAAAUGUGACUAGUGAGGUAGUGGAUUUAAGCAAUAAAAACGAAGAACUGUGUCAAGAACUGAAUGAAAUAGAUCACUUGGCACAGCAGUUGGAAAGACACAAAGAAAUAGUGCUUGAGACUGCAGAUAAGGAAAUAGGAGAAGCAAAGAAAGAAAUUGAAAGAAAAGUCAGUGAAAUACAGGAUCUGCAAGAAACAAUAACAAGGCUUAAAUCAGAGUUGUGCUCAUGUCAAAAGGAGAAUGACAGACUGAAUGAAGAACUCAUUGGAAAAAAAGAUGAAAAAGGGAAUCUUGAGUUGUUGUUAAGCCAGCUUCAACAAGAGAAGCAAAGGCUGACAGAAAAAACAGAGCACUUAGAAAGAAAAGAACGAGAAUUUGUCCUAGAAAUCGAAAGAAUGAGAUUAGACUACGGUAUUGCCCUAGGAGACAAAUCUCCAUCUCGCCUAGAUGCAUUUGUAAAGACCUUAGAAGAUGACAGAGACUACUAUAAGCGAGAAUUAGACUAUCUUCAGAAAAUGGUAAAACUAAGGCCUAGCCCAAGCCGCAGGACUGCAGAGAAGAGCGAAGAGCUUAAAUCAAUCACCAGAGAAAGAGAUGAGCUGCGGUCUGUGUUAGACAGAUUUGAAAAACACAUGAUAGAAAUUCAGUCCAAUGUCAAAUUAUUGACUGCAGAAAGAGAUAGAUUAAAUGUUCUUUAUGAGCAGUCUCAGAGUGAAUUGAACAGGAUGAGAAGAGAAGCAAAACACAGCUUAGUUUCUCAAAGUACCUUAGAAGAAGAAAGAGACAUUGCACUGACGGAUUUUAAAAUACUAAUGGCAGAAAAAGAAAGUCUUGGAGAAAAAUUGAAGGUGACUACCAAUGUUUUAUAUUUAUGUACAGAAAUCAGGGAACAGAUAAAAUGUAAAGUGGAGAAUAGAAUUCAAGGACUUAAGAUUGAAAAGUGUGAACUAAGGACUACAGUCUCUAUCCUGAAAGAAAGAAUAAACUAUUUGGAAAAUGACUUAAAACUGAAGUCAAAUAAACUUGCCCAGACUUCUGAUGAUUCUUCUCAAUUUAAAGUUGAGAUUUGCUCACUUCAGCUCUUAAAUGACCAACUCCAGAAGUCUGUUGAAGAUUUACAGGACAGAUUGUCCCUCAAAGAGGAUGAACUGCAAACAGCUCAUGAAGAAAUUAUAAAGCUGAAGGAGAUAAUAGAUAGGUUAAACCAGAGGAGCACUUCACAGGAUGAAGCAGUCAGUGUGCUGAGAAGUACAAUUAGUGUUUUGGACAAAGAAAAGGACAGUCUUCAAGAAACCGUAGAUGAAAAAACAGAAAGAAUUGCAUGCUUAGAUGACAACUUAGCUAACAGGGAAAAAACAAUUGCUCAUUUACGUUUAACUCUCUCUGAGCUGGAGUCCUCAACAGACCAGAUGCAGGGCAUGCUGAGCAACAGAGACCGUGAGAUAUCCAGCUUACAUCGCCAGCUUGAUACAUCCCAGGUAGAGCUUGCAGAAAUGGGAAGGGUAAAGGAAAUGGCUCUGAAAGAAAACAGAAGACUGCAAGAUGACCUGGCUACAAUGGCCAGAGAAAACCAGGCUAUCAAUACUGAGCUUGAAGAUGCAAUACGUGAAAAAGAAGAAAUGAAAACCAGGGUUCAUAAUUAUAUAGCUGAAGUCUCCAGAUUUGAGACCUUGAUAGCUUCAAAGGAAAAAGAAAACCAAGAAUUGUUAGAGAAGUUCCGGAUGCUUCAUACACAAGCUGAAGACUGGGAAAUGAAGGCUCAUCAAGCUGAAGGAGAAAGCAGCUCAAUACGACUGGAACUCCUUUCAGUAGAUACAGAUCGGAGACAUCUUCGAGAGAGAGUAGAAUUUCUGGAAAAAGAGAUUCAAGGGCAUAUUGUUGCACAUCAAGUAUAUGAAUCUCAGAUCUCCUCCAUAACGAAAAACAUAUCCAGACUGGAAGAGGAUCUUAAACGUGAAAAUCAGGAAAAGGCUUCUGUGUUGGCAGACCUCACUUCUGUGAGAGAACUCUGUGUGAAACUUGAGGCUAACAAAGAACUUGUAGCUCGACAGCUGAUGUCCAAAAGCAUGGAUUAUGAAAGGGUUCUAGGAGAAUUAGAAGAUAUAAAAUCAGAAACAGAGUUGCUGAAAAAGCAGCUAUCCAGUGAGAGACUUACAGUUCAGAAUCUUGAAACGUUAUUGGCUACUAGUAGAGACAAAGAAUUUCAAAAUCAAUUAAUGUCUCAAGAGAAAGAUACCGAUAUUCAGUUACUGAAAGACAAGCUGACGCUGGCUGAAAGCAAACUAAGCAGCAAUAAUAGAGAGGUUUCCAUACUUCGAAGUAAAGUUGCACAAAUGCAGACUGAGUGUGAUGUUUUAAAAAGGAAACUGACAACUGAGCGAUUUGAACGGGAGCGAGCGAUUCAGGAGAUGCGUCGCCACGGCCUCUCCACGUCCUCACUCCGGGCUUCGCCUCCCCUCAGCUCCACACUGAGAUCUCCCUCGCAUUCUCCAGAGCGCAGCGCUGGGAGAACUGAUCAAGCAGCAGCUGAAAAAAGUGUGACCUUCAAGGAAUAACCAGUACUUGAGUAACCGAAGCAUUACCUUGUGACAAGGACUUCUUUUUUAUAAAUUAUGAAUACUGUCUUGUAUUUUACCUCUGUUUUCUUCAAAUCAGUGAUUACCUUUGAAACCUCUGAGAACGGGUGAAGUAAUCAACUUUUCAAAAUUCUGCUUUCCCAACUGGCAGGAGUGACUGACUUUUUCCUGGCUGUUUGACAGGUUUUAUAUCAAGCCUGGCUAAGUUUGGUUACUAUUUUGGAAACAUAGUAGUUAUAAGAAGGAAAUGAGUACUUGAUUUGACAAUCUUUUACGAUUUUAUUUGUUUGUUUAUCUCAUAUGUUUGUAGAAGUUUAUUCAUCUUAAUGUGAGCUAACAUGGAAUAAAAUCCCCGACUGUGUUAAAAAUGCUGAGCCAGUUUUCUACUCAUGCUGAUUUCCUAUGUUUGUGCUUCUAACAAGUGUUUUCUGUUUUCAGGUUAUUCUUUAUGGUAUUUAAAAGUAUUGAUUAUCUAUUCUGUGAGUGCAUUUUGUUUACUGAACCUUUUCUCAAUAAAAAAUACAUAUCAGUUA